ACUGAAUUAACAAGAUGACAAGCAUUCGGUAGUAGAGAUUAUUACAAAAAUGGCGCUCGCUGAAGUUUGCGGUCUCAAUUCUUAUGUUGAUUUUAAUACAAAACGUGAAGGAAAUUUCUUUUCGGGGGAAAUCGAAGCUUGUACCAGGAAUUUUAUUAACAAUGCACAGCUAGCUGUACCACCAUACAUAAAUCCAGCUGAAAAAUUAGCCCGCCUUGCAGAAGGAACUGAUGAAACUGGGAAACAUCUAAAAAUUAAGUUUGAUCAUGGAACUACUACAUUGGGUUUCCAAUAUAAAGGUGGCAUUAUUCUUGCUGUUGAUUCCCGUGCAACAGGAGGACAGUUCAUUGGUUCAUCCAGCAUGAAGAAGAUAGUAGAGAUUAAUAAUUAUCUUCUUGGAACAUUGGCUGGUGGUGCUGCUGAUUGUGUUUAUUGGGACCGUGUAUUAGCAAAGGAAUGUCGUAUGUACGAAUUAAGAAACAGAGAACGUAUUUCUAUUGCAGCUGCUAGUAAGCUUCUGUCUAAUAUGGUAUAUAAUUAUAAAGGAAUGGGUUUAAGUAUGGGUAUGAUGCUGGCUGGUUGGGACAAAAGAGGACCUGGCCUAUAUUAUGUUGAUUCAGAAGGUACUCGUACUCCAGGAAAGGUUUUCAGUGUAGGAUCUGGAUCAAUCUAUGCAUUUGGUACACUUGAUACUGGAUACCACUGGGAUCUAUCUGACGAAGAAGCUUAUGAUCUUGGCAGAAGGUCCAUUUAUCAUGCCACUCACAGAGAUGCUUACUCUGGUGGUAUUGUACGAGUCUAUCACAUGAAAUCAACAGGCUGGGUUCACAUUUCUGAUGAAGACUGCAAAGAUCUUCACUACAUGUACCAAGAAGAAAAACAAAAGAAAGCUACUGAAUAGAAAUUUCGAAUUAUUAUAUUCUGAUAAAUGUUUCUUUAAUAAAA